AGAGCCAAAGAAACCCGGGAGGCUCACUAAGCCGUUUUCUGCGUCUGUGCUGUCUAAUUGGUUGUUGUAAUACAACAAUGUGGGUUAAGCUGAACUUUAACAGGAUGUGGAAAAGAGCUGCCAGCUAAACCGUGUAGAAAAGACGCCAACUAGUUCCACUGAAUGCUGCUGAAAAAGGAAAAAAUAUGCACGGUAAUGACCUCCCACCGAUAUAUCAAUCGACAUUCAGGAGCAGAUUUGAAUUCAACAGGAAAGCAAAUCCUCCACCACGUCGCCCACCGGGAUACCCGGUGCCUGCUCUUUCUCUGAUUGUCAGAGGAAGAGCGCCACAGACGGACAAAUUGAGCUCCGUGGAUCCCCGAAUCGUAUCCCUCCAGAAGAACGUCCAAUAUCUGCAACAACAACAAACGGAAACUCUCGAGAAGCUUCAUGCAGAAAUGGAUUUUCUCAAAAGGGAGAAUAAAGAGCUGAAGUAUAGAUUGACUAUGGACUCAAACAAAGCAGGCAAAAAAGGAGUAAUGUUCAACCGAAAUGCAAGAUCUCCCUGUCAAGGCGCCCACUCUGGACUCUCCGUGGAGGAGCUGCUCGAAGACACAAUGUUUCAAGACCAAGCUGUAAGGGAGGUAAGUGAAAGUCCGCGAUCUGUACGACUAAACCAUGGUGGAGAAUUAACAGGGCUGCGAAAGACCGUUUUAGAGCCUGUAAGAAUCGACAGCACUCCACCCGAUAUGGUACACCCUUCAACAAUGCAGGAGUGUGAGGCCAUCAUCCAACAGCUGUUCAAUGUAAACAGUUUACAGACUCAGGAAAUUGCACGUCUGAAGACGCUGCUUAGUGACAUAAUUCUGAGCAAAAAAAUCACCCGGGAACACCAAAUUUUGAGCAAAGCCUACCUUGCUGACAAACCAUACAAACCUGGUGAACAGAAGACAUUUCCCAAACUUGGUCCUCGCCCAGUUCCAACAACAGUACCCUCUCGCCCUGGUGUAGUUCUCCCUGGCCUGAAGCAGAGCCUCAGUUCCAAUGCUGCAAACAGACAGAAGAGGCUCAUGCCAAUUCACAGACACCACUUCCAACAGGGUUUCCGCUGACUGGCUAGAAAGGCCAAAGUCUGGGUGUUUUCAUGGUCAAA